GUCAUUACGUGAGGCGAAGCCGCCUGCGCGGUGCGCUCUGGAGCGGCGGUUGGCGGCGGACGGGAGGGAGGGGAGGAAGAUGGCGGCGCCGGUUCGAGCCGUCACCCGGGCGACGCGGCGGACCCGGUGCCGGCAGCCCUGAGGGCCCGGCCUGGCUGCGGCGGGCGAAGGGAGCUGUGAAGUGGAAUGCCAUGGCCAGCUCCUCGGACAGUGAAGAUGAUGGGUUCAUGGCUGUGGAUCCAGAAGACGCCGUGGUGGAGGGGACGAUGGAGCAAGAUGAUGAGCCACACACUGAGCUGGAGGUGGAGGAGACCAGGCACAACAGAUCAAUGCUGGAGCUUCCUGAGGAGGUUUUGGAAUAUAUCCUCUCCUUCCUCUCGCCCUAUCAGGAGCACAAGACUGCUGCCCUUGUCUGCAAACAGUGGUAUCGACUCAUCAAAGGCGUGGCCCAUCAGUGCUAUCACGGCUUUAUCAAAGCAGUGCAAGAAGGAAACAUCCAGUGGGAGAGCCGCACUUACCCCUACCCUGGCACCCCCAUCACCCAGCGCUUCUCACACAGUGCGUGUUACUACGACUCCAACCAGUCCAUGUACGUGUUUGGUGGCUGCACACAGAGCAGUUGUAACGCUGCCUUCAACGACCUCUGGAGACUCGACCUGAACAGCAAGGAGUGGAUCCGGCCCCUGGCAUCAGGUUCAUACCCUUCACCUAAGGCUGGAGCCACACUCGUGGUCUACAAGGACUUGCUGGUGCUAUUUGGUGGGUGGACACGGCCGAGCCCUUACCCUCUGCACCAGCCAGAGAGGUUCUUCGAUGAAAUCCAUACCUACUCACCCUCCAAAAACUGGUGGAACUGCAUCGUGACCACCCAUGGCCCCCCUCCCAUGGCAGGACACUCCUCCUGUGUCAUUGAGGACAAAAUGAUCGUCUUUGGGGGCUCCCUGGGAUCAAGACAAAUGAGCAACGACGUCUGGGUGCUGGAUCUGGAGCAGUGGGCUUGGUCCAAGCCCGCCAUCUCCGGGCCCAGCCCUCACCCACGAGGCGGCCAGUCUCAGAUCGUCAUAGACAAUGAAACCAUUCUAAUCCUCGGUGGCUGUGGUGGUCCCAAUGCACUGUUUAAGGACGCCUGGUUACUGCACAUGCACAGCAACCCCUGGACGUGGCAGCCACUCAAGGUGGAGAACGAAGACCACGGAGCCCCGGAGCUGUGGUGCCAUCCUGCCUGCAGGGUGGGCCAAUGCGUGGUGGUCUUCAGCCAAGCUCCCAGCGGGAGAGCCCCGCUGAGCCCCAGCCUCAACUCCCGCCCGUCUCCCAUCAGCGCCACGCCGCCCGCCCUGGUCCCCGAAGCACGGGAAUACCGCUCCCAGUCUCCGGUCAGGAACACGGACGAGGCUCCCUGUGUCAACGGGCGCUGGGGCACCCUGCGGCCCAGGGCGCAGCGGCAAACGCCCUCGGGCUCGCGGGAAGGCAGCUUGUCCCCAGCCAGAGGGGACAGCUCCCCCGUGCUCAACGGGGGCACCUUGUCCCCCGGUGCCACUGGUGCCGGCGGCGCCUCCUUGGACAGCCCCGUGCAGCUCGUGUCACCCAGCACCCCUUCCGCAGCCGAAGGAUACGAGCUCAGAGUGGGGCUGGCCCUGGCGCCGCGGCGGGGAUCGCUGCCGGAGCAGAAGGAUCUGCGCUUGGGAUCCGUGGACGUGAGCUGGGAACAGAAACCGGGCUCCCUGCUGUGCCAGAUGGAUGCUGUGGAGGGCAGGACACUCAGCGCCAGCGGGAGGAACCCCCCGGAGCACACCAACGGCAUCCAUACACCGCCCCACGUCACCGGCUCCCUCCCCGGUGCCGUGUCCCCCAGCGCGCUCCGGAGGAGCCUGGAAGCUGUCAAAGCCCUUUCCUCCAAGGGCCCCUCGGCCUCAGCAGCGCUGAGCCCCCCCCUGGCCUCCUCCCCGGGGUCCCCGGGCGCCGAGCCGGGCUCAGCAGCACGUCCUGGUUCUACCCAAGGGGACGGCCAUUCCUUACCCCCCAUCGCCCGGCGCCUGGGCCACCACCCCCCGCAGUCCCUCAACGUUGGGAAGCCUUUGUACCAGAGCAUGAACUGCAAACCCAUGCAGAUGUACGUGCUGGACAUUAAAGACACCAAGGAACAAGGACGAGUCAAAUGGAAAGUGUUCAACAGCAGCUCGGUGGUGGGACCCCCCGAAACCAGUUUACACACGGUGGUGCAAGGCAGAGGCGAGUUAAUCAUCUUCGGUGGCCUCAUGGACAAGAAGCAGAACGUGAAGUACUACCCCAAAACAAAUGCCUUGUACUUUGUGCGAGCAAAGAGAUAAUGCGGCCCCAUCCUGCACCACCGCCUCCUCCCUUCCAUCCCUGCGGCUCUUCCCCAUCCUUCCCGAGCCCUUCCCCUGUCCCGCCGGCGUUCCAACUGUGAAUUAGGGAGCAAGAAUCCAAUAAAAUCCAAGCAAAACCCUCCA